AGUAAAACACGUCGACAUAAGGAUCUGUUUAGACUUAGUCCUCAGAGGGUCUGUGUAAGAUGGCGGAGGCAGAGGUCACACACUUCCUGACCUGUUCCAUUUGUCUGGACACCUUCACUGAGCCUGUGUCUCUGGGCUGUCACCACAGCUUCUGCAGGACCUGCCUCCAGAAGACCUGGGCCCAGGAGAAAGAGAAGAACUGCCCUGUGUGCAGGAGGAAGUCUUCUAAAAGUGAUCCAGGAGUGAACUUUGCUUUGAAAGAACUGAGUGACUCACUGAGGCAGAAGCUACAACUCUCCAAAACAACAGAACAACAGACCUCUGUAGAAACGCACGAGAGGAAAGAGGAGAAGAGGGAGGAGGGAGGAGAGGAGGGGGAGGUAAAAGUCCAGGCCUCAGAGUCUGUGCUCCAGUCUCUCAGAGAACAGAGGGACCAGGUCAGAGCCAGACUGGAUCUCUGUAACGAGAUAGUUCAACACUCAGAGGAGCAGGCGCUGCUCUGUGAGCGUCAGAUCACAGCUGUGUUUGAGAGGAUGCGGCGCCACCUACAGGAGGAGCAGGACAGAGCUGUGUCUGCUCUGAGAGAGGAGCAGAGGAGACAGGCCCAGACUAUAAACCCACAGCUCCACAAACUCAGAGAGACACUGUCCUCUUUGAACAGCAACAUCCAGGAGCUGGAGAAACAACUAAAGACCCACACCCACAGGCCUCUGAGCUCCAGCCCCGAGCCUCUGCCUCAGCUCCCCAAAGGACUGCUCCUGAACCAGGCCAAAGUCCUGGGGAACCUGGGCUACAGAGUCUGGACCAGCCUGAGGAGAGUGGUGCAGUUCAGUCCAGUCAUUCUGGACCCAAACACAGCAAGAGGAUGGCUCUAUCUGUCUGAGGACCUCAGUGGGGCGACAAAUGGAGACACUUAUCAGCAGCUCCCAGACAAUCCAGAGAGAUUCAGUAAUUACACCAUGGUCCUGGGCUCAGAGGGCUUCAGCUCAGGGACACACCAGUGGGACGUGGAGGUGGGGGACCAUCCAAGCUGGAACAUCGGAGUCGCCAAAGAGUCGAUCGACAGGAAAGGAGAGAUAUUUGCUUCACCUAAAUAUGGAAUCUGGUGUUUAUUCCACACAGAUGGUAAAUACGACAAUGGCUGUGGUAAACCUGUGAAAGUGCAGAAUCCUCCAGAGAAGAUCAGGGUCAAACUGGACUUUAACAAAGGGAAAGUGUCCUUCUACGACACUGAUCACAUGACCCACCUGUACACGCACACAGGGAGGUUCACCGAGAAAAUGUUUCCUUAUUUUGGCAUUGGACCAAGUAAAGAGUCUAAAACCAAAGAGGUCCGUGUGUGUCCGACCUCAGGCCCACAGUGAGGACCACAGGAGCUUUGGAGCAGGGCACUAGGACCCAGAGGAGCAGGACCUCACCCACGACUCAGGGAUAGGUCUGCUUCAGUCGUCUGUGGAGGCUCCAGAAUACAGCUUUAUUUGAUUAAACACAUGUUUUUUCAUAUUGUGGCUGGGAUAUCGGCUUCCAAAUAUCGGUCGAGUCGAUAUCCUGGUUGGACAUUUAAACUGAUGUAAUAAGACGAUUUACAGGUCGUAGAAAGUCUCAUCAUGUCUGAACUUUUAUUUACACAGAUUUUCAUUUAAAUGUAAGUAACAGUUUCUUAAUCUGUUUUAGUUUAGUUUUAUUUUCCUUUUGUUUAAAUUUAAUGAAAUGUGUUUAGUGUCAUUGAUGAUGAUGAUGAUGAUGAUGAUGAUGAUGAUGAUGAUGAUGAUGAUGAUGAUGAUGAUGAUUUGUGUUGUGAAUGCAUUUGACCAGAAGAGGGCGCCUGCGUUUGACCCGGUGUAGUCACAUGUGAGGAGAGUUUUCACAUUAUGUUAAAGUGUUUGGAAUAAUCACUAUUUGAGCAGAUCAUGGUGAUAAAAGAGGAGCUAAAUGUGUAGAAAUGUAUUUUGUAUUUUAUCUUUGACUUUAAUA